UUGACCUUCAAACAGCAACCAACAGAAGCUCUUUUAGUGAACCAAAAACGCAAACUGGACGGUGCUGGGUAGAAAAAUGGAGUUGGAACCACAAACUGUAAAGUUGGAUUUAUCAGAGACAGACAUUAACUGGAAUAGGUUGGAUAAGACAAAGUUUCAUCUCAUUGGAGCUGUCUUAUUUACUGCUCAAUGUGGCUUACUUCAUCCAAUGGCAGUUGUAAAGACUAGAAUGCAAGUAGCUGGGUCUGGGCUUGAUCGAAAUCAUGGAACAGCAGUAUUUAGGCAAAUAUUGAGAAGUGGUGGUAUACCUGGGGUUUUUAGAGGAUUUGGUACUUCCGCUAUUGCGUCAUUGCCUGGUAGAGUCUUGUCUUUGACAUCUCUUGAAGUAUCAAAAGACAUGAUGCUUAAGUACACCGAAGAUCUUCAUAUGGAUGAAGCCACCCGUGUGGGAAUUGCAAAUGGGGUGGCAGGUAUGGUGUCGAACCUUGUUUGUUGUGCAUACUAUGUACCAUUGGAUGUGGUUGUCCAGAGGCUAAUGGUCCAAGGCCUUCCCGGGACUGCAGCUUGUAACGGGCCUAGUGAGGUAAUUCAUAAAAUAAUGAGGGUUGAAGGGUUUCGUGGCAUGUAUAGGGGAUUUGGAUUAACAGCUUUGACACAGUCCCCAGCUAAUGCACUUUGGUGGGGUGCUUAUGCCGCUGCACAGAACGUCAUUUGGAGGAGCCUCAAUUAUAAAAAUGAUGAAGGGGAAAAGACACCAUCUCAGUUGGAGAUGGUUACGGUUCAAGCAACAGCAGGAACCUUUGCAGGUGCUGUUUCUUCUGUUAUUACCACUCCAAUUGACACAAUCAAGACACGGCUCCAAGUCAUGGAUGAUUAUGGUGGUGGUAGACCAUCUGUUAUCAAAACUGCGAAACUUCUCCUCGAAGGAGAUGGUUGGAGAGGUUUCUAUAGAGGAUUUGGACCCCGAUUUUUCAAUAUGUCACUCUACGGGACUACAAUGAUCGUUACUUACGAACUUAUAAAGAGGCUCUCUGUAAAACAAGCCUAGUUUAUCCCGCUUACAGGACACUCAAUGAUUCAUUCAAUUUUGCUUAUCGGAGAUAUAGAGCAAAAUGCCAUUAUUGAUAACAUGUUACUUUAGGUGGCCAAGUUGACCUUCUUUUCCCUCAUUCUUCUAGACUUUCAAGCCAUUUUGUAUCAACUCUUUUGUCAAUGAAAUUCAGCUCAUCGGUGCACCUAGAUUUACUUGUGAAUAUACAAAUAUAAAGCAUAA